CGCGGCCCGCCAGGCCCUGCGAGCCGAGCCCGCUGUGCCACCGCCUGCUGGACGGCGUCCGCGCCCGCGCCGCCGGCGGCGGUGCGGCAGGCGGCGCCAAGGAGCCCCACGGGCGGCGCCAGCAGCGCCGCGCAGGCGCCGCGAACGGCACCGGCAUCGAGGCCGGCGACGUGGCGCCCGCGGUGCCCGCGGCGGCGGCCGACCCAGGCGGCGGCAUCGACAUGGGCUUCAUGGUGUUCCUCGGGCAGCGCGCCUAUAUAUCCAAGGUAGUCAUCUUCUGCGUCCCUGCGAGCGACGGCAACGGCGGAGACGUUGGUACAGGCGGUCCGCACCGGCGGACGCUGAUCGUGACGGCGUGGAUGGGCGAGGCCGGGGGGCCGCUGGAGGACGACGCUGACGCUGGAGGCCACACGGCGCCUCCAGCGCGGCAGGGGACGAGGCACCUCGG